GCCUUUGCCACUACAUCACAUGCCUCAGCCACCUUUCCUCACUUUGGAAUUUGGAUUUCUCAGACCCAAAAUCAAUUUCCAAUUAAAUGGAUUUGGAUUUAAAAAAACAUUUUCUACUCCAUUUUUGGCUAUUUGGGUCUGGCGGAAAGAUCUGUUUGAAAAAAAAACCAAAGAGAGAAUGUUAGUCACGUGAUUAGAACAGUCUUCGUCUAGCAUUUAAAGGUAAAUUUAAAGAAAGAAAAGCCCGUGUACAAUUUUCAUUGGAAAUUCCAAAAAGAAGAGAGUAGGCAGUUUGGCGCCCGAGCGUGUGUUGGCUGGUUAGUUUCCCUCCUGGCAGGCGCUUAGGGCUACCCAUCCGCUUCAUUUUCUGGUCAUUCUCUCAUGGACAAUCCCUUCGACCACCAUGUUCCUCCGCCACACGCCACCGUUACCGCAGCUGACUACGGAGUCUCCGAUGACGACGAGGACGAAGAAGAGGAAGAGGAAGAGGAAGAAGAAGAAGAAGAAGAAGAAGAAGAAGAAGAAGAAGAUGACAACGAAGAGGACGAAGAUUCAUCGCCUAGGGCUUUCCCAGUGGCUCCUUCCACAACUUCUAAUCCACAGCCAAUUGUCAUCACCGUGGAAUCGCAGUCGCAUAGCAGCUUCGGAGACGACGAAGUAAGCAACAAGCGCCGCAAAACGGAAGGCCGAGAGGCGUCGUCUUCGUCUUUGGCAAUUGAUGGCAGUCAAGGCAGCGAGUGGAACCGCACUGACAUUGACGGCCUCUUCUGCCCUAUCUGUAUGGAAGCUUGGACCAACAGCGGCGACCACCAAAUCUGUUGUCUUCCUUGUGGACACAUAUAUGGUAUGUCUUGUAUAAAAAGAUGGCUUCAACAGCGACGAAGUACAGGCAAGUGUCCACAAUGCAAUAUAAAAUGCUCAUUAAAGGAUGUGAGGAAGCUCUAUGCAUCUCGAGUAGUUACUGUUGAUGAUGAAUCUCAGAAGAAAAUUCGGUUGCUUGAAGCCAAAUGUGCUGCACUGGAAAGUAAGGGUGCUGAUUGGCGUGUGAAAGAGGCUAUAUGGCGGAAAAGAGAAGCUGCAUACCGUCUGGAAAUCCAGAAGCUUAAAGCGCUGCUACUGGAUAUGGAGAGAAUGCAUUUUGAACUCAUAGAUGGCACUCAGGAUUAUCAGUGGAGAUCUGAAAAGGAGCAAAAUUUUAGCUUAAAGUCCCAUGUAAAAGCAUCUUUUUGCAAUUUUGCAUUACAGAAAACAUUUAAUAUGGAUGAUGCACGAGUAUUUGAUAUGGAUGUAUCCAAUCAAAUUUUACUAAUUGCACGAAAGCCAAGGGUGAUAGGUGGAGCAGACUUUUUAACUAAAAUGAGCUUGAUAUCUCCAUUCGAUAUGGAAGAUAUCUUAUUGCCUUCUACUACAGAGGGUAUUAGAGACCUACAUAUUUCUCCUUCUGAUAGAAGCCUAGCCCUCUAUGCUUCAACAGGGAAGAAGUUAUCAGUGCUCAGUGUGCAGAGCAAGAAUACUGUUGUCAACUAUGAUCUACAGGUUCCUCCUUGGUCAUGUUCUUGGGAUCUCAACAGUUCACAUAACAUGUAUACUGGACUUCAGAAUGGUUCUGUCUUGGUGUUUGAUAUACGACAAACUGCAGGACCCAUGAAGUCUUUAGUUGGAUUGACUAGCAACCCUGUUCAUACUGUUCAUUCUCUUCUGCAAACUUCAUGUCUUCCUAACUCCAUCUUAUCUGCAUCUGCCAUUGGCCUUUGUCAGUGGAACAUUGAUUCUGAAGAAGGGCCAUUCAUGCUUCCUGAAACUGAUAACCAAGGAGUUUGUAUAUCCCUUGCCUAUUGCCCUAGCAGUGAUGACGUUGUUGUUUCAUACCGUCCGAAAUUUGACAUGUCAAUGGGUACGCAGCUUUCUCAACUAUCAUCCACUCCUUCUCAAGUAAUUGGAGCAGGAAUGCAGGGCUGUCAUGUCUUAUUCAAGAGACAGCGCACUGAUUAUUUCAAAAAGAUGGGUUCCUCGAAUGCCAAUCCAAGUAAAAUUCGAUUUCCAAAACAUGCUAUUAUAGACAUAGAGGGUCAAAGAAGUUUGUUUGCAGCUGUAGAUGAAGCAACAUUUGAAUUGAUCUUGCACGAGCUGCCUUCUUUUAGCGUCAGCCAACGAUUCAAACUGCCUGCUCAGGCUCGUGAUAUUAGGUACUCUCGGAGUUGUGGAAUUCUUGGCUGUUUGAGUGAGACGACAUUGCAACUUUUCUACACCAAAGUCUUGUGAACAAGGUAAUUUUAUUUUGCAAUCUUUGAAGAAAAAUGGAGUUUUUUUUUGUUUUAUAAUCAUAUGAACCCGAGAAAAAUGUAGGUUGUCCUUAACCUAGAGCAGCAGAUAUUUAUUGAUUUGCAAUUUUGGAUAGAGCCUAUGUAUGCUUUGUUCGUUUUACUGUAAAUAUGCAAUGAAAACUAUAUGUGAAUGAAAGAUUGAAAAGUAUGAAAUGAAUUUGUUAGGAAGAAAACCGCCUGUAAUACUCCAAUUAAUUUUGUUUAUUUCCAUGUUUCCAUAUGCAAGGGGACAAAUACCCUAGUAAACAGAAGUGAAUUCUCUUAUCCUUAUAACCUUAUUCAGUGACACGUCUCAAUCAUAAGCAUAGUUUUCCAUGGAAGAAAUGUAUUCAUUCGGAAGUGAUGUUGAUAUCAGAUAGAAAAUGUUUUAAUAUGUUUCGCAUAUGUUCUGAGAGAGAGGAGACUACUUUAGUUAAAUGCAUUGUGAUACGUUGGAGUUACAUUUGUUGGGGCCACCAUCAUCUUCACUUCACAUCAAUCAAAUAACUAAGGCACCCAAGAAUAAAU